CCACACGCUUCGCCUACAACCUGGAAACUUGGUCAGCUCGGAUGGGUCUCUGCAGUGCCAAGCUUGGCCACACACCAUCGGACGGUAGCCGGAGCACAUGGCAUCAAGAGUUGAGGCGCGAACGCAGCCACUGGUACUGACUCCGCAGACGACGAGCGUGUCGAUGCCCUUCAGCUGCAGGCGGGUGGAGAGGUCGGUGGCAAAGAAGGCGCUCGGAUACCGUUUGGAUAUGACAAUUUCCCCGUUUCUGGGCUCCAGGCCCGGCAUCCAGUUGCCCAGUUCAGUUUGGAAGACAUUGAGGAGAGGAGCCUUGGACAGGAACAAGCCCGCGUCCGACAUGUCAGCCUCUGUAUAACUCACUCUAGUCCAAAUCAGGGGCACUUCGCCCUCACGAGCAGCCUCCACCAAGCGGCCAAUGGAAUCCGGAACGGCAGCCGAAGUGGAAUUCGACGACAGAUCCAACGGCGAGUCCUGCUCCCAGUAGGCUUUGCAUGCAUCGACCACCAGCAACGCAGGACGCAUGAUCGGAGGAAGAGGCAGCAGCCAUGUUAAUAGAGCCAGCCGGUAAUUCUCGGUAUAUAUGGCCGGGUGGACUCUGGUUGCUGCUAUACGCGCUGUGCUGUGCUGUGCUGUGCAGUGCUGUAUGUAUGCUGUACGUACCGCACACAGCAAGGUGUACGCUAUUCGCUGGCGUGCGGGGAAAGCAAAUGAAACCAAGCAGCAGGCAGCCAUGGAGAUAUAGUUUGAUGAGACAUCGGGGAAUGAAAAUGGGCAACUUCGGCGCUCGCAUUAGUUGGGCACAAGGGCCGGAUCGGGUGUUUGCAGCCGAAGUUCAAUUGACAGGUCGGUUUAAGUAUCUUCCGACCGAUUAAGUCGGAAAGCGGAAUCUCGUGACGAGUUCUGAACCUCGAAACCCUCGGUCUACGCGUUUUGCACAUGAUCUGGGAGAGUGCUCCAGCAGAUCGUGUGGUGAUACCUGGUCCUCCCAAGAUACGCGUCUUUAUACAAGGCACGCCCGUCAGCGCCUGGUUACGUUACCUAGACGCUCUCCACCCUCUCACCUGGUCUUGGCAAUGUCCGGACUUCCCCACCUCACCGCGACGCCCACAAACUCCGUUGCGACUCCCAACUCCAAUGUCGCGAUGGAGGCAAAGGAAGGGAGGUCAGGGAACGCCUUUGCUUGCGAGCGGUGUCGGAAACACAAAGUUCGAUGUGUCCCCUCGGGCGCUGCUGGCAUCUGUCAACGAUGCGAAAAGGCUCGAGUGGAAUGUAUCGAGCAUGUUGCGCGAAGGAGACCGGCCAAACCAAAGUCGGUAGUACAGACACCAAACCUCUCGAAACCUGCCCAUCGUCCUUCUUUGCCCUCUGUAAAUACUAUCCCAUCCCAAGUCACAGACGCGACCCAGCAAAAUCCACCCACGCCUUCCAUGUCGGCUCUGCCAGCUUCGAAACCACCCAUCCUCCCUGUCCCUGGAUCAACCCCUGAAGCAGCCAUGUCAUUCUGGGAAACCAUCAACGACACGCUGUCUGGCCUAGGACGGUUGGAUCCUGUGAUCCGAUCCAUCAGUGUAAUUCACAUGCAGUUGAUCUUGGACAGCUACCGGACCAUGGCCGACUUUUUCCCUUUUGUAGUAUUACCCAAGGAGAUGUUUUGCCAGGACCUCAUCCAGCAGCGUCCCAUCUUAAUGUUUGCCGUGCUCACUGCCGGUUCAUAUGAUUCCCCACUUCUCCAACUCACGUUGAGUCGGGAAUUUCGAAAGGUUGUCAUGGUUAGAAUAAUGAACGGAGAGAAAAGUUUGGAGUUACUGCAGGGCCUUUUGGUUUUCAUCGCUUGGCAUCAUCACUAUAUGGAUCCUCAUGCCGUUUCCAUUCGUUUGCUUUUGCAGAUGUGCGUUGGUAUCGCAAGCGACUUGGGUUUCGACAGCAUUCCAUCAACCAUGAAAAGCCCGCCAAGAAAAGAGAAUGGACCUGAGAGGGACGCAAAGAGGGCAUACCUUGGCUGCUACUACUUGGUGUCAAAUAUGGGCAUGAUGGAUCCCGGAAAACCUAGAGCCAUGUCCUACUCUAGCAUCAUCCGCACAUAUGCCACAGAUCUAGCUUCAUCCUGGGAGCACAGAUCUGAUGCUAUACUUCCCAACCUUAUCGACAGCUGCCAGUUCUUGGAAGACAUUGAGGAAACAUUUCAAAAUCAAUCUAUGCAGGCACAGGUUGUAAAAUCUCAGGUCGGUCGGCUGAUUGAGAAAUGGGAAAGCAUGCGCCAGGUAUCACAAGCGCAAGCACUUGAUUACAAAACGUUGCAGUGGACUCAGUUAAUCUCUCGCGUACAUCUAUACAAGACAGUUGCUACGCUCCAUCUCAAUGAUCGGGAUAGUACACCAUGGGCAUCUGGCUCCCAGCUCUCGCAACGCAUCAACUGUCUUCGCGCUGUCGAGCAAUUUCUAGACGCCAGUCUCCAGCUAUCCUCCGCCGAGUACGAAUCGGUUUCGAUAGUGGAUUGGUUAAAUCUCAUUACAAGUCUCAGCAUGCUUGGCAGGCUGGUCCUUCACUCAUCACCCAUGCCAGGUUGGGAUCCCACCGAGUUACAGGUUGCUCGAACAUUUGAAAUAUUCCGCGACCGGCUCUGCUCCAUCAUGCCUCGGCCACGCGACUCGCACGAUAACGGCGAAGAUCUUUUCGACAGGUUCCGACGUAUCACAGCGGUCAUGAAAUCGGCGAUGAGAAAUAUUCCCACAAGAGCCAGCCCAAAUGGGUCGACAUUCGAACUUGCUACUGGUUCUGGAAGGACAGUUUCGCUAUUGCAGGACCUACCCAAACUGAAUCCCAUUGGUGUCAUUGACGAAUCAUCGAAUCCACUUCCCACACCAUGGAAAGUUACCCCAUCAUUGGAUAUGAGCAGCAAUGAAUUCUGCUGGAAAUUCCUCCACGGGACUAUUUAAUCUCAUCCACAUUGGCGCGAGCGGCCAUGGUGGUUUUAUGCUUGGUUGGCGGAUUGCUUCCUUAUUUUCAUCGCGUCCGAUUCCUGGUUCUAGGAUCACUUUUUGCUUUUCAGGAAUCUUGAAAAAAGCAUUCAUCAUGCAAGGUGUAGAGUCUCCUAAUGUUCCUCGGUUAUUUGUUUCCUACCUUUCCAAAACGUCAUCAUCCUAUCUCCCGUGAUUGGUUUCCGAGCUGGCUCCGGCAAACCCCACUCAGCGAAGAAAGCAAAGCUCUGUUUCUUUUCUCGAAUCGUUUCCCAUUCCUGCGGUAUCUCUACUACUACUACUUCAUGGGAGGUCACCUCAGAGGUUUUCUUUCCCUACCUAAUGGCAGAAAAUUCCAACGCUCGACAAAGGAGGUAGUCUCGGCUUUUACAUUAUACCACUUUUUUGCCUUUAACGAGCGUGUGCGGCACUCUGGUUGUUUUGGGGGGUUUAUAUCCUUUGACGAACGGCGGCUCUGUUUUUGGCAGUUGGCACCUAUUGCUUGCUCUCUUUUGUUACUCUUCAGCUGGUGUUUAUGUCUUGAAACUUAGCUAUCAUACCCAGUCUCCUUUUUCACGUAGCCAGCGGAUCUGAAUCAUCUACAUUGAAGAAUCAAAGUUAUCACUAUUAUUGAAAAAACAAAACAAAAUUUGAUCAACAGUGUGUGUGGAUCGGCUAAAGCGUUCAGAUAGAUACCACGUCACACACAUUCCCAGGCGCCCGGGAAAUUCAAAUGUUGGGACGCCAGGGAUGUUUGUAUAUUGCAAACCGGUGACCAUGUUCAAGUCGUUACCCAAUGACCGCUGCCUCCAAACCUUGCUCUUUCAAUCACGAUUUAUACAUCAUCAUCGUCCAAACCAUCUGAACAAGAAUCCCAUGUCCCUAGUCGCACAUUGUUAUCAUAGAAACAAGAAUUCCCAUUGUCCCAAAAACAAGAACCCAGAUAACAUUGACCUCUCACCUCAAGCACAGCCACAACUCCCACACCGCCAAGAUCAGCAUAACACUCUUGGCCAUGGAAUACUCCGGUCCUUCUCCACAAUCCCUGCUCCCCCUGUUCUCCCUCUCCCCUC